AUUUCCGUGCUUCACGGGUCCUCCAUAGGCGGCGGGCUGCUUCUGAGCCUCGCGACUGACCAUCGCAUAGCAACAGAAUCAGCUAUCUUCAGACUAGGUGUGGCGCCACAUGGCCUCAGUCCAAUUGUGAUGGCCACGAGACUGCUCCCCUCGAUCGUUGGUUACAAUUUCUCCAUGAGGAUGUACGCUGAAGACACGUCGUUGUCUGUGCAAAUGGCCAUCGACUUGGGUCUUGUCAACGAGGUUUUCAAUGACUAA